AUGCUUUUCUCAAUUCUGAUCAUUGCUUAUUUUGCUAGGAAUCAUGAAGUUCGUUCAAAAUUUAAAAAUCAUGGAUGGUUUGUUCUAAUCAUCGUAAAUUUCACUCAACUUCUACUUGAUUUACCGAUGCCAAUGAAUUAUUAUCGUAUGGGAACGGUAUGGCCAGCAUCUAAUGAAUAUUGUGUAUGGUGGACAUGGUGUGAAUUCUCAUUGAAUACCAUCGGGUUAUUUCUAAUGGCAUGGGUUUUAGUUGAACGAUAUGUACUCAUCUUUCAUCCACACGCGAUGAUUCAAAGCCGAUGGAAAAAAUGGAUAUUUCAUUUCACACCAAUCAUUCUUUCGCUGAUUUGGGCACCAACACUUUAUCUUGUGUUAGUAGUCAUUAGUCCAUACUGCACGAAUGAAUGGGAUUUUGGUUCUGUUAAUUGUGGUAUUCCUGAUGAUAAUUACGCUUGCCAAUCUAGCAUUAAUAAUCCGACUGACUUACCAAAAGAUGUCUCGUCAUCAAAUAAAAAAUUGGCGACGUCAUUGCAAAGUGGUAUUCCAAUUAGGGAUCGUUUCAUCACUUUACUUGGCAUUUUGGCUACCAACGAUGAUAACGGAGCUCGUCCAAAUAACUGUGAUGCCUUCAUUUAUGAUGGAUCAGUUGCAAACCAUUCUGUUUGUUGUCUACUUCAUCCCACUUUUAUUGCCAAUGAUAUGCCUCAGUACACAGCCUGA